CACCAAAUCCUUAUACACGAUAGAAUAAAGGGCGGCCUGUCUGGCCAGGCCAGGCCAGGCCGCCCUGAGUCUGUCAGCCACUCGGUUCGUUCGAAGGUCUGUCUCUGUUAGCCAACACACGUGUCUCCCCUGCCCCCCCGAUCAGCCAGCCAUCCAGUCAUGAAUCCAGCCACUCGAUUCGCGAGCGUCGUUACCUUGCGGGCAGAGAGAGAGGCAGGCAGGCAGGCAGACAGGAGGCCAUUGCCCGGCUGGCCACUAGGUAGAUAUUAGGUAGUGGUUGAUAUGAUCUCUCCCCACCACAUCACGGCACGGCAUGACACGCCACAUCAAUCAAUCAAUGGAUGGAUGGAUGGAUUCAUCAAGGCACCGAUGCGCUAACUGAGCGCUGGCUGGCAAACACCUCGCAGAUAGGUAGGUAGUAGAUAAGAUAGUCAGAUGGCUGGACGGGGGGAGAGAGACUGACUAGGCCAUACACAGGAGAAGGCAGACAGGCAGGCAGGCAGGCAGGCCAGGAAGGGUAGAGAGGACGAUAGGGGUGUGUGUGUGGGUGUGUGCGUAUGUGGUUUGUUUUGGUGGGGAGGGGGCAAGGCAAAAAUAUGUACACGUGCGUGUCACGGAGACGGUGCCUCCAUCCAUCCAUCAAUCCAUCCAUCGAUCCAUCCUUUAAGCAGCCAGCCAUUUCGCACGCCCAUCCCGCCCGCUCGCGCACGCCCAUCCCGCCCGCUCGUCUCCCCACGUAAAUCGGGCGGGGCAAAUCCGGACAGGCAUACACACACUGACAUCCAUCGGCUGGCCUUCAAAUCUCUCCCCUUCCUCUCUCUCUCUCUCUCUCUCUCUCUCGUGCAUGCACAUAUGCAUAUCAUCCGGGUGAAUGCAUUCACACAUUCAUUCGUCAACACGUCUGUCCGUCCGUCCGUCCGUCCGUCCGUCAUUCCAUUGAUCGAUCGCGGGCCCUCCUUUUGGCCACCCAAACCACCCACACCCAACCGAACAUCCAUUCGUCCAUCCGUCCAUCGGCUAUGCAUUCACAUACAUACGCGCAUUGAUUGCAUUAUAGGUAUACAGGUAGAUGGGAUAACAACCAAGCAAGCCAGAAGCGUACGCACGUACGCAUCAGCAGCCAGUUAUCAGCCAGUGAUAGGUAGGUAGAGUGAGUAGGGUGAGUGAAUGAGCGACGCCAUGCCAUGCCAUCCAGUAGUAUAGCUGUGCACAGGUGAAUAGAUAGAUAGAUGCGCACCUGAUCGACCAGCAUGACCACACGCAAGCAAGGAGGCGCCUGUGCCCAUUACCCAUUCCAUCUCUUCUGUGCACCCCACCCCCAAACCCCCCCACCGAGAGUGUGGAUCCGUCAGGUCAGGGUGCGUUGAGGAAGACGACAAUGACGGUGGUGUCGUCGAUGACCUCCUCCUCGGCCCGCCAUCUCUGGUUGCUCUCCUUGACCAGGGCGUCGCAGGCCGCCUGCGGGUCCUGCUUGUCGUGGAAGGGGCUCACGAUCUUGACCACCUCCUCGUUGUCUAUGAACUCCCACACGCCGUCGCUCGCCAGCACGAUGAACUUGUCCUCGCUUGUCAAGGUAAAGAUCUUGAUCUCGGGCUCGGCCGUCACACCCACCGAUGCUGCCACGCUGUCGCCCAUCGACCGCGACAUGGCGAGGCCCGGCGCGUCCUGGUCCUUGAGCCACACACGUGGGGGGCCGAUGGGCUCCCCGUCUGAGCCCCGAAACGACUCGACGCGCCCGUCGCGGUCUUCGAUGCGCUUCUUCUCGUCGGGGCGGUCCGGCUUGUGGUCGUCACUCAACGCCUGAGCUGACCAACGACCGUCUGCACGCACACACACACAGACGUGAAUAUGAAUCCAUGAGUGGGUGUCCAUGCAGGUGUGGCUGGUGUGGUGGGUGGGAGUGGGGGUGUGUGGGACACGCGCCUUUGAAUUUGCCGCAGAUGGCUCGGCUGUCUCCCACACUGGCCGAGUAGAGUGUGGCGCCGCGGAUGAACACUGAUAUGGUCGUCGAACCUGCACACAACCAGAAGCCCGCCAGUACAAUGUCACUUGACCCUCUUCUCUCACCCCGCCGCCCCUGUGCCCACCCCACCUGAGAAUGUGAUAUCGAGUGACGACCGAAAGAGCUCGUGGUUGGUCUUGUGGAAUGCCUUUUGUAUGGCGGCCUUGGGGUCGGUGCGGAGGGUGGGCUCGCUCUGCAGGUAGUUGGGGAGCCGGCGGGUGAUGAGUUGGCUGACCUCUCUGCCCUGGUAGCCGUGGCCGUCCAUGACGCAGAAAAAGUACUGCGUGGGGUCGUUGGCGAACUGCUCGAUCUCAAAGUGGCUGUCCUGGUUGACCUUGUUGGGGUUCAUCGGCACCACCCCUACCUUGCUCUUGCUCGCAUACUUGGACACCACCCCGCCCCGCCCCACCUUCAAGUUGCUCUUGGCCUCCUCCUGCACAGCGUGCUCCACCACACCGUCCGCCUCGAACCCCUGAGUGCCCGACACCACCGACAGGCGGCGCCGCUGCUGGGUAGCCGCCGCAGACGCCUUGUCAGUGGGCGACUUGGAGGCAGGGGAGUUGGAGCGGUCCUUGCCGGCAGCGGGCGACUUGGCCCCCGACCCACCACCUCCCAGCUUCCCCGAUGCACCCAGAGCACUCGAAGGGGAGGCGCCUCCCGAGGUGGGCUUGGCCGCCUUGCCUGCGGCCCCUGCCGACGGUGUGAGAGAGGGGUUGCCGGCGCCCUUUGGGGGGCUCUUUUUGCCAGACGAGGGGGACGACGAGGCCUUCAUCGACAGAUAGCGAGCCACACACACGCGAGAGCGACUUCGGCAGAGCCGAAAGGUCGGGAGGAGCGAGGGAACGAGAACGACUGUCGAGGGUCUCAAACAAGACAACAACUGCUCGACGGGCACCCUCUCCGAUUCACUGCAACGGAGCGUGGCCUGGGGGAAGAGAAAUCGCACCCUCUUCGG